AUGGUGAAUUAUUUCUUCCAGGUUGGCAUUCUUUAUAACUGGAUAUCUUCCACUUCGAUACCAACACCUAUGUAUACAAAAUUACAAAACAUCAAACACAAUAGAGUAUACAUAAAAGCUGGGUUUGAGCACAACGUUGUUCGCCUGGCUGUUGGAAGAACCCAAGUUGGAUUGGUUGUUGUUGAAAAACUUGAGGGAAGAGAUGAACCCACUCCUAGGUUCAUAAAGAUCAGGCUUUUACCAGAACUCGUCCUGGCCACACACCACCUACUACCUGUUGCUCCGAAAGUGGAACUGAGAUUUGAGAUUCUCAACGUGCCAGCAAAUGUUCACGUGGGUGGAAGAGCUUUACUUACUCUCGUAAACAGUAGCCGAGAUUCACUGGAGCUACGCCUCACUGCUUUGAGACUGCUUCCAUCUGAUAAACACUCUUUGACCCUCCUCAACAAUGUCAGUGGCAUUGUGAAGCCAGGGAGGAUGACCCUGCUCUUGGGGCCUCCCGCCUCUGGGAAAUCGACAUUGUUGAUGGCUCUUGCUGGGAAAUUGGACAAGACCGUAACUUUAAAAAUUUUAUCAUUGACAAGUGGGCAUAUUACAUACAAUGGUGAGUCGCUUCAGAACUUCUACCCGAGGAGGACUUCUGCAUAUGUAAGUCAGAUUGACAAUCAUAUUGGGGAGCUUACUAUUCGUGAAACACUAGAUUUUGCUGCAAGAUGCCAAGGUGCUAGAGGCCAAACCGCAGGAUACCUGAGUGAUCUGACAAAUCUCGAGAAGGAAAGGAAAAUACAUCCAAGUCCCGAAAUUGAUGCUUUUAUGAAGGCAGCUUCAGUUGGAGAGCACUCCCUUGCAACUGACUAUGUCAUGAGAGUACCUGGUCUUGACAUCUGUGCAGAUACCCUAGUAGGUAGUGACAUGGACAGAGGUGUUUCUGGUGGUCAGAAGGAGAGAGUGACUACAGGGGAAAUGGUGGUUGGACCAAGGAAAACACUCUUUAUGGACGAAAUAUCUACGGGACUUGAUAGUUCCACUACUUUCCAAAUUGUUAAAUGCGUUGGAAAUUUUGUUCAUCUCAUGGAGGGAACUGUGUUAAUGGCUCUUCUUCAGCCAGCUCCAGAGACAUUUGAACUUUUUGAUGAUCUAAUUCUCUUAUCUGAGGGACAAAUUGUUUAUCAAGGUCCUCAAGAAUCUGUUCUGGAGUUCUUCGAGUCACUGGGAUUUGUGAUACCACUUCGCAAGGGAGUUGCAGAUUUUCCUCAAGAGGUCAUGUCUAGGAAAGAUCAGGCCCAAUAUUGGGCUGAUAACUUGAGGCCUUAUGUUUUUGUUCCAACUUCAAAAAUCGCAGAAGCAUUCAAGGAAUCUAAAUAUGGAAAGCUCGUCGAGUCCAAUCUUUUGGUUCCUUUUAAUAAAGCAAAUGAGAAUCAAUCAGCCCUAGCACGAUCUAGAUAUGCUGUUUCAAAAUGGGAGAUUUUUAAGGCCUGCUUUGCCAGAGAACUUCUUUUAAUAAGUUGGCAUCGCUUCUUAUAUAUCUUCAGGACAUGCCAAGUAGCAUUUGUUGGACUUAUCACAUGUACGAUGGUUUUAAGGACUAGGAUACACCCCACUGAUGAGAUAAAUGGGAAUCUUUAUCUACCUUGCUUGUUUUUUGGGCUUGUGCAUAUGAUGUUCAAUGGGUUUUCUGACCUGCCCAUAUUGAUAUCACGGCUUCCUGUGUUCUAUAAACAGAGAGAUAAUUUGUUUUAUCCUGCUUGGGCAUUUUCGAUUCCUAGUUUGAUUCUGUGCAUACCUUACUCCAUUGUUGAAGCACUUAUAUGGUCGUGUGUUGUGUAUUAUACAGUUGGAUUUGCUCCUGGAGGUGGCAGGUUUUUCCGCUUCAUGUUCAUAUUAUUUUCAGUGCACCAAAUGGCCCUUGGACUUUUCCGGACGAUAGGUGCAAUAGGGCAAGACAUGGUGGUUACAAACACAUUCGGUUCUUUUGCACUUCUUAUUAUGUUUUUGUUGGGGGGAUUCAUACUUCCAAGAGAUACCAUAAAACCCUGGUGGAUUUGGGGCUACUGGAUAUCUCCACUUUCAUAUGGACAAAGUGCAAUAUCAAUAAAUGAGUUCAUCGCUCCUCGAUGGAUGAAGGAAUCAACUUUUGGGAGUGAUACAGUAGGACACAAUGUGCUCAGAUCCCACGGACUUCCUGUGAGGGGAUACUGGUAUUGGCUUGGUGUAGGGGUUUUACUGGCAUACAGUGUGUUUUUCAAAGUUUUAUCAACAUUAGCUCUGAAAUACCUUAAUGGUAGUUUUGCUAUGAUGUUGACCCUGACAACCAAUUUAACUGCUGUAAUAGUACCUCAUACGGCUUCGGUUUUAGGCACCAGCCCUGAAAGAUCCACUGUAAACACUAAUUCAAAGAAUGGGAUGAUUCUUCCUUUCCAGCCAUUAUCAAUGAUUCACAAUGUGAAUUAUUUUGUCGAUAUGCCCAAGGAAAUGCUUCGUGAAGGCGUUCCUGAAAAGAGGCUCCAACUUUUAUCAAAUGUGAGUGGGAUAUUUACGCCCGGUGUCCUUACUGCUUUGGUUGGUUCAAGUGGAGCUGGACUUAUGGAUGUGCUUGCUGGUAGGAAAACCGGUGGAUAUAUUGAGGGAGAUAUUAGAAUAUCAGGUCAUCCUAAAGAACAGAAGCCAUUCGCAAGAAUUUCAGGAUAUGUUGAACAAAAUGAUAUACACUCCCCUCAAAUAACAGUAGAAGAAUCCCUGUGGUACUUAUCAUCGUUAUGCCUUCCAAAGGAAGUCACCCGAGAAAGACAACUUGAAUUUGUUGAAGAAGUGAUGAAAUUGGUUGACACUCUCAGACAUGCUCUGGUUGGUCUUCCUGGGAGUUCUGGUCUCUCAACUGAACAAAGGAAACGGCUAACUAUUUCAGUGGAGCUUGUAGCUAAUCCUUCAAUUAUCUUUAUGGAUGAACCCACAUCUGGCUUAGAUGCAAGCGCUGCAGCUAUCGUGAUGCGUACUGUUCGUAAUACUGUUGAUACUGGCAGAACUGUGGUUUGCACAAUACAUCAACCAAGUAUUGAUAUAUUUGAGUCAUCUGAUGAGCUCCUCCUUAUGAAGAGAGGUGGACAAGUUAUCUAUGGAGGUCCACUUGGAGAGCACUCACAGUUGAUGAUAAAGUAUGCACAGUCAAUUACUGGGAUCCCUGCUAUUCCCCAUGGAUACAAUCCUGCAACAUGGAUGCUCAAGAUCAGUACACAGGCUUGGGAGCAGAAGAUAGGCCAGGACUUUGUGUCAAUUUAUAGAAACUCUGAUCAAUACAGGGAAGUAGAGGGUCUGAUUGAAUGUUUAAGCAAUCCUGUUGCUGGCUCAGAGCCCCUGAAGUUUGCUACCGAAUUUCCACAAGACUCUACCACCCAAUUUAAAGUAUGCCUUUGGAAACAAAACCUGACAUACUGGAGGAGUCCUCAUUACAAUGUUGUGCUGUUGUUCUUCUCCACAAUAUGCGCGUUGAUAUUUGGCUCUGUAUUUUGGAAUAUUGGAUCGAAGAGGGAAACAAUGCAAGACUUAUUCAAUGUGAUGGGGGCUCUUUAUUCAGCUUGUUCGUUUCUUGGAGUGAACAAUUCCUCAUCAAUACAACCAAUUAUAUCCAGGGAGAGAACUGUUUAUUAUAGAGAGAAGGCUAGUGGGAUGUAUUCUCCUUUCCCAUAUGCAGCAGCACAGGGUCUUGUGGAGAUCCCAUACAUUGCUGUUCAAACAUUACUUUUCUGUGGCAUUACAUACUUCAUGAUUGGCUUUGAGAGAACACUAGUGAAGUUCUUGCUAUACCGCUUGUUCAUGUUCCUCACUUUCUCCUACUUCGCGUUCUAUGGAAUGAUGGUGGUUGGUUUGACGUCCUCUCAGCAACUCGCGGCUGUUGUCUCUUCUGCAUUCUACUCAUUAUGGAAAUUUCUCUCUGGUUUCCUUGCCCCAAAACCAAUGAUCCCUGGUUGGUGGAUCUGGUUCUACUACAUAUGCCCGAUACCCUGGACCCUACGAGGGAUCAUAACUUCCCAACUGGGUGAUGUGGACACUAGGCUGGUGGGACCAGGCUUCAAUGAAACAGUGAAAGAAUAUCUUGAGGUAUCUUUUGGCUACGACACUGGCAUGACGGGUAUCAGUGUAGUCGUGCUCUUGCCAUUCAUCUUGUUGUUCUCCAAAUUUGCAGCUUCCAUCAAGUUCUUGAAUUUUCAGAAGAGAAGAGAUGAGAUGAGACAAGAUAACUUUUUCGUCUUUUUAGUUCCAUGGUUAGGAAUGGGCUCAAGGCUAGGCGGUCAGGGUUGUGAGGCACCACAACAUACAUGAAGUCUUUUGAGUUCUAUUGCUCCAAAACGCUAAACUAACAAUUGUUCCUUUAAAAACAACCAACCUUUAAAGAAAGGGAGAGGUGGCUUUGUGUACUUCUUAUUGACAUUUCGAGAUGAAAGGUGAAGAAGAAGUUUCUUUAGUUGUGAAAAUAUCAGACCCAAGUGUGUGCCCUUGCUGUGUUUUACCACGUAAAAAAAAAAAAAACGUUGUAGACUCCACCCUUCCCUAUGCUACAUUGGUUACCUUUUUCC